ACUCAUAUAUCUUUCUUACUCACUCCUUUGGGUAAACCACACCCUCAAUCUAGAAAAAUGGGGUCUCGUACACAAAACCUCUCUUUUCUCAUCCUCCUCUUCCUUGGCUUUCUUGCCGUCUCCUUCGCUUGCGACUGUAGCCCUCCUAAACCAUCACCUCACCCCCACAAACCGCCUAAACAUCCUAGCAAACCGCCUAAACCACCGGCAGUAAAACCUCCCAAACCACCCACCGUCAAACCACACCCACACCCUAAACCCCCUACCAAACCGCCCACUGUCAAACCACACCCACAUCCGAAACCCCCUACCAAACCUCAUCCCACCCCGAAACCACCCACGAAACCGCCCACCGUUAAACCACCUCCGUCCAUCCCGAAACCACCCACGAAACCGCCCACCGUUAAACCUCCUCCGUCUACCCCGAAACCACCCACGAAACCGCCCACUGUUAAACCACCUCCGUCCACCCCUAAACCACCCACUCAUAAGCCUCCACCCGUCGUAACGCCGCCAUCACCGUGCCCACCGCCACCUGUUGUUACGCCACCGACACCAACCCCACCGGUCGUAACACCGCCAACACCAACUCCACCAAAGCCAGAGACUUGCCCAAUCGACACGUUGAAGCUAGGCGCUUGUGUGGACGUUCUUGGAGGUUUGAUUCACAUCGGGCUUGGUAAAACGCACGCUAAAGAAAAGUGUUGUCCGGUUUUGGGAGGUUUAGUUGACCUAGACGCAGCCGUUUGCUUAUGUACCACCAUUAAAGCCAAACUUCUCAACAUCGACCUUAUCAUCCCAAUUGCUCUUGAGGUUCUUGUCGCCUGUGGAAAGACUCCACCACCUGGCUUCAAAUGUCCAGCUUGAUUGAUGAAGAGUCUCCGAAGCUUUCGUUUUUGUAGAAUGUGUUGGAUUGAUGAUCUCUUUUGAUGAGAGGUUAAUGUGCGUGUGUGGGAGGUUUAAUCACUUGUUUCAUUUGAUACAAUAAAAAGGGUUUAUUUGCGUUUUCUUUUUUUUUUUGGUCAAAGGUUUAUUUGUGUUUUCAUGCUGUACUUUUAAUAAGAAGAAAAACUGUAAAGCGGUAUCCUUUUCUAAAUAUUAAACAAGUGUGUAUCUGUGUA